AGGGUGUCCCAAGAGCCGGAGCGACCAGUGGCGUUAGACCCAACAUCCCUGUCUACCCGAUCUCUUAUGACGACGCUCACAGGAUGAUGAGACACAUGGGCGGCACGUCGACAGAUGAGAGCUGGCACGGAGGUCUCAACGUGUCUUACUCUGCUGGGCCUGGGUUUACUGGAGACUGGGAGGACUUGUGA